CACGCUGGCGGCUGACCCAUGUCGGAAAUCUGCUGCCCGUUACCCCACCUAAAUUAACUACUCAUGAUUCCGCUACGGUUUAUCUCAUUACAGAGAUGAAUCCGAGAUCGCGACCAGUGGAUUCGAGCACCUCGGUUAUAUAGUAAUUUGCAAUCGUCGCUACUACGGUGGACUAAGUGACGACCAUGGAGGAAGUAGGUCCCGGCGAAAGAAAACCAGCUCGCAUGGCGGAGAUAGUGUUCUUACUUUAAUCCUCAGAUUACUAUUUGGUUCACUCCAAACCAAGUGCUUCUACUCCUCUUUCUUCUUAUUCUUCUUCUUGUUUUCCUGGGGUGAAGAUGAGAUGGAGAGGUUUUUAGCUUUCUAGGGUUUUUUUAGAUUGCUUUGAGGUGGUGGCGUCAUGAAGGAUCUAUUUUCGUUGAUAAAUGGGUGGGCGAGGGGUCUUUAUUCCGGUAGAGGGUGGGGGGAGGUGGUGGAGGAGGGAAGAGAUGUGGCGGAUGCGCUGUUGAUGGAGGCAAGGAAGAAUAAUUUGAUUCUGAAGAAUUCGGGAACGGUUUGUGGGGAAAGAUCGAAUAGCUUCGCGGCGGCUUGCUCUCGGAGAGGGGAGAAGGGGAUUAAUCAGGACUGUUCUAUUGUUUGUGAGGAAUUUGGAUCUCAAGAAGACAUGAUAUUCUGUGGGAUAUUUGAUGGACAUGGCGCUUGGGGGCACCACGUGGCUAGAAAGGUCCGGAGGUCCCUUCCUGCAUCUCUGCUCUGCAACUGGCAGAAAACUCUUGCUUUGAGCUCCCUUGAUGAUAAUUGUCCAAUCACUUGCCAUUCUGAAAUGUGGAAGGAGUCAUUUAUAAGAUCUUGUGCUGCGAUAGAUAAGGAGCUUGAAGAAGAUCCCAAGCUAGAUUCCUUCAAUAGUGGCACCACUGCUCUCUCUAUUGUCAAACAGGGCCAACUCUUAGUGAUAGCUAAUGUUGGGGACUCCCGUGCUGUUAUGGCCACUAGAGCUGAUGAUGGCCGCUUGGUUCCCGUCCAACUUACUGUUGAUUUCAAGCCUAAUUUACCUCAGGAAGCUGAACGCAUUAAGCACUGUAAUGGCCGCGUGUUCUGCUUACGAGAUGAACCUGGUGUGCAUAGGAUAUGGCUGCCUAAUGCAGAAAUGCCUGGGCUGGCUAUGUCGAGAGCAUUUGGAGACUAUUGCGUUAAGGACUUUGGGGUUAUCUCUGUUCCUGAGGUGACUCAAAGGCUUAUAUCUGGAAGAGAUCAGUUUAUUGUGCUUGCCACGGAUGGUGUUUGGGAUGUAAUGUCCAACCAAGAGGCAAUAGAGAUUGUAUCAUCAACCAAAGAUAGAAGAAAAUCAGCCCGGCAGCUCGUUAAAUGUGCCAUUCAUGCAUGGAAGCGUAAGAGGCGAGGCAUCGCAGUCGAUGACUGCUCAGCAGUAUGCCUCUUCUUCCAUUCCUCGCAGCCUAUGCCGAUCUAUUCCACCAUUCCUUCAAGUCCCAGAAAGGCAUAGCAGAGAUCAAGAGGUGCUGCAUCAUGGCUUCCUGUAUCAAGCUGAUAUGCAUCUUCUAAUCGUUAAAGUUCAGUUUUGUAAUUAGUUGAAUUGUAAUGUUGGGAAAUAUAUCGAAAGUGGCUCUCAGUGAAACUUUCUGUUCUGUUGUAAUGGUGCAGAGGGCGAGUCAUCUAUUUGAUGUUUCAAAAUGUUAGUAAAUAAAUGAAUGUUAGUAAGUAAAUGACAUUUAGACAUUUAAAGAGUGGAUCAACAUUUAUUUUCAA